GAAGAAGAUCGGCCAAAAACGGUCUUUGUGUUGUUUGAGGGCACAUGGCAGUGGGAUCGGUGUCCGAUGGGGAUUUGCAAUGCGCCUGCCACGUUUCAGCAAGCAAUGAAUAUGACGUUCCAGAAUUUCGUCAACAAGACACGGCUGAUGCAAGGGAUGAUCAACUUCUAUGUAAUCGUGUACAUGGACGACAUCCUGGUCUAUUCGGAGACCUAUCACGGGCACGCGCAACACAUCGAAUGGACAUUGGGCGCACUGAGAGAUGUUGGGUUCAAGAUUGCGCUCGAGAAGAGCGAAUUUUUCCUCUCAGAAAUUUCGUUCUUAGGCUACGUUGUGACACGUGGAGGAUUGCGGCCGGACUCGAGAAAAGUGGCGGCGGUAAAGGAAGCCCCAGUUCCCACGUCACUGACGCAGGUUCGAGCCUUCUUGGGAUUGGCGUCGUACUACCGGCGCUUCAUCAAAGGCUUUGCCGCGAUUGCACGACCACUAACGAAUCUGUUACGGAAGGACCAGCCUCUCAGCUGGGACGCGGAGUGCCAGCAGGCUUUUGCAACUCUCAAGGACGCUCUGGCAAUGGCCCCUAUUUUGAUUCGACCGGACCCCUCGAAACAGUUCAUUCUCAUCACGGACUGGCAACCGGAAGCUGUUUCCGCUAUUUUAGCACAGAAGGGGAACGAUGGUCGCGAACACGUCAUCGAGUACGUGUCACGAACCGUACCGGACGAACGAAGAAACGACUCCGCACCUCAGGGUGAGUGCUAUGCAGUAGUUUGGGGAAUCCAACACUUCCAUCCGUAUCUCUACGGACAGAAGUUCCAUCUCGUAACGGAUCACGAGCCUCUGCUGGCGCUGAAGAAACUCACCAACUACACGGGCAUGAUUGGCCGUUGGGCCGUGCGAUUACAAGAAUACGACUUCGAUAUCGUCCAUCGAAAGACAGAGCGACACGGCAGCGCGGACGGGCUGACACGUCUGCACCGGCCUGCCAAGGCGUGGAGGACCAACGUGGCGGGAGAUCUUCUGGGAUUCGUCUUUGGAGCGGUGGAUCGGGGAAACCGAUUACAGAUCGUGCGCGAACUUAUGAUCGUGAUCGCACGAUUGGCUGACGAACUCCCCCUCGACAUCGUCUCUCAGAGCGACGAAGAACCCGUGCCACAUACCCUCUCAAGGACUCUCGCCCCGAGCCUCCAGUGGUCGGCUUGUAUCGAGGAGCGCUUGGCGGACGGCCGUUUUCAUUCCCGAAGCGAGUACCUGGACGUCCACAGCCUGACUAAUCCCCGCUUCUUUCAGCAACCAACGGCGUUCGAGUGGGCAGCGCUGAGAGCAAAAGAGGAGCCUGAAGAGGAAUCGGAAGGAGAAUUGAGGAGAGAGGCCGGGGAAGCAGCAGCGCGAUUGGCCGAGGACGAGGAAGAAGAGCGCGAAGCAGAAGGAGAGUCAGAAGAAGAAGAAGAAGAAGAAGAAGAAGAAGAAGAAGAAGAAGAAGAAGAAGAAGAAGAAGAAGAAGAAGAAGAAGAAGAAGAAGACGCAGAAGAGGAGACUUCGGAGGAAGAGAAAGAGGCCUAUAGCGAGUACAGCGAGGGCGAGCAAAGUGAGGAGGAGGAAGACGACGAAGAAGUGGAAAGCGAGGACAACCAAGAGCCAAUGCACGACGAGCUCGAGUGGGUGUCAGGACCGGACCGGCGAGAGGAGAACCCGGAGGCUGCUGCGCAGCGCAAGAAAGAGAUCGCGGAAGGAAAACGGCUGGUGAUCGAUCCCGCACCAAACGAUCCUUUCAAGGAUCCCGAGCCGCCCAAGCCAGAACAUGGGGACCUUGCUGCCACGACCUCGGGAGCCGCGAUGACAAGGCGCCAAUCCCGAUCCCGAUCCACGUCCCCCUCCGCCUCCGCCCGUCCCCCAAUUCGUCAACGUGUCAAUGAGGGGCUCAGCCCUUCGUCCCCGAUCCACAUACCACCAUCCCCUCAGCUAUCUCUCUUUCAAUCAGUAUUUCCAUCGCAUCGUCUACCCCUGUAAUCCUUUCCCCAUCGCCACCUUCCGACAUUUCUACUCCGCCCGCCUAGAACAGACUGUCCACCCCCACCCCUCCGUUCGGUGUGCUCUCCCCGACUAUUCCCUCCACGUUCUGCUCCUUAGCGCCGCGUGGCGAGGUCG